GGUUUUAUCCGCAGCCUGCGUGAACAUGCUGUCCUCGACCGCUACGGUAGUCGCGCAAGUAGACGGACAAAGACCGACCGACCUACACGAUGAAGCCGAUUCCACCACAAGAACCCCAGGCCCAGGCGGCGCUCGAGAGCUUUCAAUGGCUUUUAGAGCCGUUACGUUAUCUACCCUCCCCUCCUGCUCUCCCCACGUGCCUUUGUUACGCCUGGAACUCAUCGAGGCCGAGAGAGCGCGAGAUAUCAAAGAAGAAAGGAAUCUCAGAUGAGAUAACUGCGCUCUUUGGAGGUUUGCAUUGGAGAUUAGGACCGGUGCCGAAUUCUGGCAUGCGAGUACUCUAAAGACUCUGGAAAGACUGAAAAAUGCGGCGUUUCGUUGAUGAUCUUAAUGAGCACUUCAAUGGUUUUGUACCACGGGAGUGUUAUCCCUUUCAGGAAGGUCAGACUUUGGUGGAGGCGAUCUUUUGCCUCUAACAUGUUUGCAUUUGCUCCUGAGAGAAAGCGUGCUUUUCGUUUGGUUCCUUGUGCGAAAUAUAAACACACCAGGAAGAGAACCUGGUGGCAGAAGUUCUUUUCCGAUGAUGUUGGCGAUGGCAGCUGGUUUGACUGGAGCACGGAGGAUGUGCUUGGUGAUGAUUUUGGCACUGAUGGAGAUGAUGUGGCAGAAGAGAUGUCGGAGGAUGAAAAGUUUGAAGCUUGGAAGAGGAGAGCUGAGGCAAUAUCUGAGCUCCGUGAAGCACAAGAAGAUGCAAGAAAUGCAGAGGGUCGGGCAUGGGAUGAUUGGCUUGGGGGAAAUGGGUCAUCCAAUGUAAAUACUUCGUCUUGGUAUCAAGAAUGGGAUGAAGCAGCAGAGACAUCGAGUGAGGUAUCUGAUGAUCCAAAUGAGACAAUGCGAGAGAAUGGUCUUGUUAAGGCCAUUAAAGAUUCAGUCAGUGAAAGUGAUGACAAGUUGUUGUUUGAGGACAGGGUUUUCCAAUAUGCUUCAACAAGCUCGGCAAAGUUUAUCGCUUUGUUGAUCAUCAUUCCAUGGGCAUUAGACUUUCUGGCGCAUGAGUAUGUUCUCAUGCCAUUUUUGGACAGAUAUGUGAAAACUGUACCGCUAGCUGCUGAGUUGCUUGAUGUACGAAGACAUCAAAAACUUGAGAUCAUAAAGACUCUAAAAGUAGAGAAAGCAAGGUUCCACUUAGAAGUCGAGAUUGGUAAAUCUCCUCCACUUUCUGAGGAGGAAGUCUGGUUGGAGUUGCGGCACAAGGCGUUAGAAUUACGAGAUGAAUGGAGAUUGGAGAACCGGAAAGCAUUUGCGAAUAUCUGGUCUGAUAUGGUGUAUGGGAUUGCAUCAUUUAUUCUUAUCUACUUUAAUAAGAAAAAAGUUGCUUUGCUGAAGUUUACAGGAUAUAAGUUAUUAAAUAAUAUCUCAGACACUGGGAAGGCAUUUCUUAUUAUUCUACUUACGGAUAUUUUUUUGGGGUAUCAUUCUGAGUCUGGAUGGCAGGCUUUGAUUGAAAUAAUUCUUGAGCAUUAUGGGCUUGAAGUCGACCAGGCUGCCAUAACCAUCUUUAUCUGCUCUGUUCCAGUUGUCGUUGAUGCAUGUGUGAAGCUUUGGUUAUUCAAAAUCCUUCCAAAACUAUCUCCAAACGUUUCAAAUAUCUUCCGGGAAAUGCAGCGUCACUAGUGAAGCUUUUCAUGGACCCCUUUUUCUUCCUGUCAUCUUGGGAAUUAUCAGACUGGGAUCAUUCUUCAAUUCAUGCUCAAUAGAUCACCAAGAGCCAGCUUCAACAGGCUGAUCGGAUCAAAAUGCAUUUUCUGGUUUUGCAACAUUAACAAAGUGAACCCAUAUCCAAUCAUUGUAAAAUACAAAUGCCUCUCUUGCAAAUUAUGUCGGUCUCGAAAGAGUUUCCUCGACAAAGGGUGGAUUUAGGUUUGCCUAUAUCUUACAAUUCUUAAUUUUUCAGCACAGUAAAACCUAUUCCCUUUUUGGUUGAUUGGUGAGUGCAGGUUGCAUCUUGAAGGUGGAUUUGCCAAAUAUUAUACAUGCUGCGCUGGACUGAGCUCUAAAGGCAGCGUCAGUAGGUGCUCUCAAGUUCUGUUCUUCAAAUCUAACGAAAAGUUCUUUUCGAAGUGUUACUCCAGCCCUCUUGGAAGACAUUUUGUCCUAAAAACUCAUUUCAACAUUGUUGACCUUUUAAACCCAGAGGAUCCCAAAUUUUUUCCCACGUUAAUCAGAAGAAGAGCCUUUUUUCACCACAAACGAGAUCAGCAGAUCCGCCAGAUCUGUGUCGUUUGGGUCAGUAUCUUGAAGUGAUAUGAGUGCAACAUGAACUUCACUGGUGUCAAUCCGUGACUGGGAAAAGUCCAAGGAUCUCAUUGAAGUGAAUAUCAUGCAGUUGUAAUCUCUUGCAUGGGUUUUUAGGGUACAUUUGGUUCGCGAUAUUUUUUAAUGCAUUUGGUUUUUGACCGAAUCAAAGUCAGAAUGAAAUUUGAAUACUGAAAAAGAGUAGUGAUUGCAUUUUGGAGGAUUGUGGACUUUUUCCGACCAAGGGGUUGAAAUAGAAGUUAUUUAUUUCCAUUUC